GCCAUGUCUGCAACUGUCUACAUCAAUCCAGCGAAGCUCUCUGCAAAAAGAUGUCAGAACAUAGACAAAAAACAGGCUCUCUCCAGAAAUGGUUAAUCAAUAGCUUACUAGGUUGACUGAAUGCCAUUAGAUACAGUGGUGCACCUAGAGUAUAUAAAUCGUGACCUGUCUUCUGUAUCAUUCUCAGUCACCUCUCCUGCCAUACUGGUAGUUACCAGUUUUCCACUGGGAAGUUCUUGGGCAUUACUAGAAAUGUUCAUAGCAUCAUGGAUCUGGGUAACAGUGAUAAUACUCUGUUGUGGGUUAUGGUUUCUUCUAGGGAGGAGGAGGAGGCGACAAGGUGAGCCACCACUUGAAAAUGGGUUCCUUCCAUACCUAGGCUGUGCCUUGCAGUUUGGUGCCAACCCCCUUGAAUUCCUCAGAGAAAAGCAGAAGAAGCAUGGCCACAUUUUCACUUGCCGAGUAGCGGGGAAAUACAUUCAUUUCCUCACUGACCCUUUUUCAUACCAUGCAUUGAUACGCCAGGGAAAACACUUGGACUGGAAAAAGUUCCAUUUUGCUACUUCUGCCAAGGCUUUUGGGCAUGGUAGCAUUGACCCAGCAGAGGGGAACACCACUGAAAAUUUUCAUCAGACUUUCAUUAGAACCCUUCAAGGUAAUGCCCUAGACGCCCUCAUUGAAGCAAUGAUGGAAAACCUACAGUACGUCAUGCUGCAGUCAAGAACAUCUAAACUUCAGUCUAAUACCUGGGUGACAGAAGGACUUUAUAAGUUCUGUUGCCAGGUGAUGUUCGAGUCUGGCUUUUUAACACUUUUUGGUAAAGAAUUUAAUUCAAAUAAUGACAAAAAUAUAUCAUCAAAGCAGGAAACUGAAAGAGCUCAUAUCCUAAAUGCCCUUGAAAACUUCAAGGAAUUCGAUAAGAUCUUUCCAGCCCUCGUGGCGGGGCUGCCUAUCCACCUCUUCAAGAGUGCCCACAGCGCACGUGAGAAGCUGGGGGAGGCACUCCUCCACAAGAACCUCCUGAAGAGGGACAACCUCUCUGAGCUUGUCACCCUCCGCAUGUUCCUGAAUGACACUCUGUCAACCUUCGAUGACAUGGAAAAAGCAAAGACCCAUGUGGCGGUGCUCUGGGCCUCGCAAGCCAACACCAUUCCUGCCACAUUCUGGAGUUUGUUCUAUCUUCUUAAGAGUCCAGAAGCAAUGAGAGCUGCUACCAAAGAAGUGCAAAGUAUUUUGGAAAGUGCCGGAGAGAAGGUCAGCUUAGAUGGCAAACAUAUUUCCUUGAACCGAAAACAGCUGGAUAAUAUGCCAGUACUAGACAGCAUCAUCAAGGAGGCAAUGAGGCUAUCAAGUGCAUCCAUGACUUUCCGAGUUGCCAAGGAGGAUUUCACUUUGCACUUAGAGAAUGAUUUCUACAACAUUCGCAGUGAUGAUAUUGUAGCUCUUUAUCCUCAACUGUUGCAUUUUGAUCCAGAAAUCUAUGCUGAUCCCUUGACAUUCAAAUAUGAUCGCUUUCUCAAUGAGAAUGGAGAAGAAAAGACUGACUUCUACCGCAACGGUCGCAAGUUAAAGUAUUACUAUAUGCCAUUUGGGACAGGCAUAGCAAAAUGCCCUGGCAGGUUAUUUGCUGUCCAUGAAAUUAAACAAUUUUUAGCUUUGAUUUUUUCAUAUUUUGAGAUAGAGCUUGUGGACAAUAAUGUGCAAUGUCCUUCUUUAGAUCAAUCCCGUGCAGGACUGGGUAUUUUGCAACCAGCCAAUGACAUUGAUUUCAGGUAUAGACUGAAAAGCCUAUGAAGAUGUAUUUCAUAUUAUACGUAUAAACUAUGUACUAUAUAAAUACACUAUAUAACAUAUACUUUAUAUAUAUUUUAUGUAAAUAUGCAAAUUAAAUGUUGCAAGUCUUGGGGGAACAUCUAUAUGAAGAUGUUAAUUCAUCAGUCUAAUGGAAAAUGUAUAAUGUAUACCAUUAUGGUACCAGCAUGCAGUGGGUUUACUGUACUGUGUUGAUGCAAAUGUCUCCCCUUUUACCAAUCAUUUUGAAAUGCAAGUUAAGAUUUUGAAUUGUGUGUGUACAGUAGGUUUUUUUUUUCUGUCAGCAAAUACCUUCCCAGAGUUAGUUAGACUUUUGUCAGCUAAUUCAAAAUAAUUGUCAAAAUCCAACUGCAAUUAAAACUUACUCUUUUUUUAAUUGAAAUGUUGGGGGUGGUGGUUCUCCCCACAGGUGAAAUAAAAUUUUUGUUGUAUAAAGGCAGAUUUGCAGUGGGGAGGGGAGAGUUUCCUGAGGAAGUACCUUUAUGGUUUUAUGAAAAACUAGAAAAAGGCUUGAAGAAAACCUACAAAAAUGUUCACGUUCUAGUGAAACUGCAAAACUUGUAUUAUAUUCAUUGUAAUAUACUUAUUUUCAAAAAGUUGUAACUGUAUUAAAAUAAAUGAUAAUGGCUGAAACAAA